AUGAAAACUCAAAAGCGAACCAUAACUAGAGGUUCUACUUAAAAGAUAACUCAAUAAAUUCAAGACCAAUAAAACAGAUUAAAGAAGUAAAAGUCAGCAGAUAAAUUAAACUAAGGCGGCUCUCCGUAGCUGAGAAAAAGAGACUCAAAAGCAUAAUAAAAAUCUGAGAGUGAAAAUAUUGCAAAGCUUCUCGAAUACUACAACGAUAUGAAAUCCCUUCACGAGGGCAAAGAAUUACCCACUCGGCAAGUUCACCUUAGAAGGUUAGCUCUCCACUUGAUUAAAAGAAAUAGUGAGUUCUAUAGAUUCCCUAUUCUCUAGUAUGUUGAGGAGACUGCAAAAAUCACUCUUAUUAAUGAUUUUGAACUUCUUUAUUGGUACCAUCUGAUGAAAAAGUAUUUGAAGAAAGUCCCGGACAACGCAAACCUCAAGAAUGAGCAGGUGCGCUUAUUCUUCUUCUUGACGUCUAUGUUCAUAAAGAACUUUCUUUUGAAAUCUUAAGCUCAAAGACAGAACCCAAAAUUAAAUAUGGAACAUUUUUCCACCUAGAUCAGAAGUAUCGAAGCAUACAUCAAAGUCUAUCACUAUUCUAAUUUUGACCAAGCUUACAGAACAUUCGAUAGAUAGAAUUUCAUUCUUCUUAAUCCUAUUUAUCAAGGAGACGAGAGUUUGACAUAAAAAAUUAUUGCUGAUCGGUAUGAGUAACUGAGUUAUCUGUCAAAGUUGAAAAUGAGAGAUCUUUAAAAAAUUUUCAAUUUACUGAGGGAGCCUUUUGAGACGGACCAGAAAAGCAAUAUCAUAGACUACAACUGGCAUGUCGAUGGAAUCCUCAAAAACUCUUAAUCAUACAAUAAAUAUAGUACUGAAAGAAGAAAUGAUAAUCAGACUGCUAAAGUUAUUAGAGCGGAGGAUUAUCUUCCAGUUAGAAGCAACCUAGCCUUUACUCCAAGAUUUAAUGAAAAGGUGAGAAAAGCAUCUUUUUCAAAGAAAAAAUUUCCAAAGAAUUACUAAUCUACAGAGACCUAAAUCACUUUUGAGGGAUAGCAUCCUCAUGAAUCUCCGAUAAUUGACAACCUAAGUAAUAUGUUUAAUCCGUCUGUUACUUAAAUUCUUCCAUCAGUUCCUCUUUCACUCUCAAAUUAGCCCUAAGACUUUAAUGACCACAGUCAUUUCUAAAAUAGUAACACAAAUACUAACAUAACUACUCCUGGAAAUAUAAAUCAGCCAAGCAACAAUGGAAACUUGCCAAUCAGCUUUACCAAUUUUUUCUAAAAUCUUCAAUCAAUGAACAACCCAGCAUUAUCCCAGACCUUGAAUUUCAAUCUGCAUGAUGCUAUCAACAACUCAUUGAUGGAUUUGAAUCAUGAUUUUAAAAGCUCACCUGAGAACCUUCAGAGAAAUACUUCAUUGAUAAGCGCGAAAUCAUAUAAUUUAACCCCUACUUAAAGAUAGAGCAAUGACUAGCUGCAGUAUUUUAUUAAGAAUCAUCCAAAGAAUAAUAAUCUUAAUAACAAUAAUGGUUCUUAUUUAAAUCCAUUUGGCCUUCAAAGACUACCUGGAGUAAGUUAUAAAGAAAAAGAAAACGAGGUAUUUCUAGGUGCAGGCAGCAGCUUUGCAGAAUAAUUCCUUACCUACAAUAAUAAUGCUACAAAUGCACUUUUGAAUAAUGGAAAUACUUAAUUAAGCUAUGGAAACUUGCUGAAUAAUAACAAUGACAAGAGCUUUAUAAAUAAUUCCUUAAAGCCAAAUCAAUAAGGUAAUACUGGUUCAUCCUCAAUUAAACUUAACCUUAAAGAUAUAAACAAUAUUUAACAGAAAAUUCAGCAAUUAAAUUAAUCUAACUUUAUCUUAAAUGCUCAGAAUGACGAUGAAGGCUAUUUACCAGAUCUGAAUCUUGACAAGUUUAAAUCAGCAUCGGAAUUUUUGAUUGGAGGUCAAAAUUUGAAUUAGCAAUAAAUAAGCGAUUCAUUGGAUAGUGUACCCAGAUAAACAACUAAUGAUAUUUUAAAUGAUGAUAUCUAAAAUAGAUAGAAUUCUUAAGUUGGUAAGGAUAAUCCCAAAGAUUAGCUGAAUAGUGAAAUGGAUUUGGACUGA